AAUUGUAAUUCUAGUUUCCAUUCCAAUAUGGUAACUACUCUAUAUAAGAAGUCCCAAACUCCAAACAGAGUUCACUCAAGUACAGUUGUACAAAAUUAUAAGACUGGCCAUGACAGCUAUGAAGAAUAAAAUCUACACCACCAUUCUUCUGGUGGUUUACGCGGUGGUUGCUACUGUUAAUGUGGCGGCAGAGCUUCAACGAUUCGAGCAUUUGCCGACGAAAGCCGAUGGGUCUCUUGACAUUUUGGUGAUCGGUGACUGGGGAAGGAGAGGAUUAUACAACCAAUCCCAUGUUGCUUUUCAAAUGGGGAAAAUCGGAGAAGAAAUGGAUGUCGACUUCAUUUUAUCAACUGGAGACAACUUUUACGACGAUGGAUUGAUUGACGUGGAUGAUCCGUUAUUUGAUGAGUCGUUUACUCAAAUAUAUACGGCAACUAGCUUGCAAAAACAAUGGUACUCUGUGUUGGGAAAUCAUGAUUACAGGGGCGAUGUCAUGGCACAACUGAGCCCUGUUCUUUCGCACAAGGACAGUAGAUGGCUUUGUCUUAGAUCAUUUAUUGUAGAUUCAGGAAUUGUGGAACUUUUCUUCGUUGAUACAACACCAUUUCAAGAUAAAUAUUUCAAUCAAACAAAACAUACAUACGAUUGGAGAGGCGUGCUUCCUCGUGAAGAAUAUCUAUCAAAUGUUUUAAAGGAGGUUGAUACGGCACUUAAAGAAUCAAGUGCCACGUGGAAAUUCGUAAUUGGCCACCAUACACUUUUCAGUGCCGGACAUCAUGGAAACACUCAAGAACUUGUCGAUCAACUUUUACCUAUCCUUGAGGCAAAUGAUGUGGAUCUUUACAUAAAUGGGCAUGAUCACUGCUUACAACACAUCAGUAGUAAAAAUAGUCAACUUCAAUUUCUAACAAGCGGGGGUGGAUCAAAGGCAUGGAAAGGCGAUGUUAACCAAUGGGACCCCAAUGAAAUGAAGCUUUAUUACGAUGGUCAGGGUUUCAUGGCACUCCGAGUAACCGUAAAUGAAAUCGGUGUGACUUUCUAUGAUGUGUUUGGUGAAAUCAUCCACAGCUGGAAGACCUCCAAAUACACUCACAUGGACGCAUAAAACCAUGAAAAUCUAUAGAUGGUUAUAUAUACAUAUAUAUAUAUUGAUAUUGUUUGAGUGGAUGAGAUGGUGUAAUGCAUAUAAUAAAUGGAUUAGUGGGAAGGCUCGCGCGUUGCAGCGGGUAUGUCUGUUUUGUCGCAUUGUACUUGUUGGGGUUUCUGGUGUCUAUAUGACGUUUGUGGGCUAUUUGUUACGACGACGGCCUUUUUAUGGAAAUAAAAAGUCAAAAUAUAAUAUUAAUCUUCCAUCAC